AUGAGAAUCUGGAAUCAGACGUGUGUGACAUCCUUCAUCCUUGUGGGACUGACAGAUGCUGGAGAGAUCCAGAGGGCUCUCCUUGUGCUGUUUCUCCUGAUCUACCUGAUUUCUCUGCUAGGCAAUCUAGGCAUGAUCAUGAUAAUUCGCCUGGAUCUCCAGCUCCACACCCCUAUGUAUUUUUUCCUUAUACAACUCUCAUUCCUUGACCUAUGUUAUUCAAAUGUCAUCACACCUAGAACCUUAGGGAACUUGUUGACUUCCACCAAGAGCAUUUCGUUCGUGGGCUGCUUCACCCAGAUGUUCUGUUUUAUCAUGUUUAGUGCUACAGAAUGUUUUCUUCUCUCUGCAAUGGCCAAUGAUCGCUACAUAGCUGUCACUAAACCUCUACAUUAUCCAGCAAUUAUGUCGCCAAGAUGUCGUUCGUGGCAAUUAUGUCGCUGCUACAUGAUUGGCUUUAUAGAUUCCUCUGUCAUCGUCCUUUGGAUGAGCAGGUUACAAUACUGUAACUCCAAUGUAAUCCAUCAUUUUUUCUGUGACACAUCCCCAAUAUUAAUUCUGUCCUGCAAUGACACCUAUAAUAUUGAAAUCGUAAUAUUCUUCAUUGCUGGUUCCACACUGAUGGUCUCUCUUUUCAUAAUAUGUGUGUCCUAUGUGUCCAUUCUGCUGACUGUUUUGAAAAUCAGUUCUACUUCAGGAAAGCAGAAAGCCUUCUUCACCUGUACCUCCCACCUGCUGGGAGUCACCAUUUUUUAUGGCACCACCAUCUUUACUUAUUUAAAACCAAAAAAAUCUUAUUCCUUGGGAAAGGAUCCAGUGGCUUCUGUGUUUUACACGAUUGUGAUCCCCAUGCUCAACCCACUCAUUUAUAGUCUUAGGAACAAGGAAGUGAAGAGUGCUUUCUUUCGGGUUAUGCAGAAGAAAGAGAGUUUCAGGAGACUAAAAUAA